GGUGACAGGUGACUGGGCGUUGACCUUUUGUGGGGGAGGGGGGAGGAGACCCGGAAGUAGUUGCUGGUUGACAAGGAGCCGAAUCAAGAUGGCGCUGCGUCCAGGCGGUGGUGGUGGCGGUGGUAGCAGCAGCAAUGGCACUGGCGGCAAUGGUAGUGGCUUCAUGUUCCCAGUAUCAGGGGGAUUAGUUCCUCCCCAAGGAAUGAUGUCAAUGCAACAGCAGCAGCAACCGCAGGGAUUCCCUAUGGUACCUGUGAUGCAGCCCAACAUACAAGGCAUGAUGGGAAUGAAUUUUGGUUCACAGAUGCCUCCAGGAGCAAUACACAUGCAGAGUGGAAUGGCAAUGGGACCAAUGCCACCAGCCGGAAUGUCAUUUAUGCCACAGCAUCAUUACAUGGGGAUUCGUCCUUCUCCGCCACAGUACACUCCAGAUAUGCAAAAGCAGUUUGCUGAAGAGCAGCAGAAACGAUUUGAACAGCAGCAAAAGCUGAUGGAAGAGGAGCGAAAGCGACGGCAGUUCGAAGAACAGAAACAAAAGUUGCGUCUUCUGAGUAGUGUGAAGCCUAAGCUUGGGGAAAAGAACCGGGAUGAUGCCUUGGAAGCCAUUAAAGGAAACCUUGCUGGAUUCACAAGGGAUGCAAAGAUGCACCCAGGCCCUUCUUCACUUCCUAAUAAAUCAGAUGCUCCCCAGUCAUCCCUAUCAGCUGCCCCUCCUUCCCAAUCCCCUGCCUUUCCUGACGAUGAAGAAUUCAGUGACUUUAUUCAAGGGCCUGAAUCUGCCGCACCUGCGGCUCCCACCAGUUUCCAGUCUUUCCAACCCUUCCACCCCACAUUACAGUCUGGGCUGCAGUCUGAGAAGGCUGCAGUUCCAGCGCAGCCUGUUGCUUCAGCCCGUCCCUCAGCUGCAGUUUCAUUGUAUGCUACAGCAGGGCACUCAGCAAAAAACAGCCAAGGCCCUUCAUUGGAGGAGAAAAUGUUUGCUUCCUGUGAUCUCAGCAUGCCUAAGCAGGCAAAUGUUAAAUUUAACCAGUCUCAACCCUUGGCUGACAUUGGGUCUAAAGCCUCAGUCUCAACUCAGUUUCAGCCCAGUGCCAAGGCCUGUAACUGGGCCAUCCAAACUGAAAACCUCGCUGGUGUAUUCACAACAGACAGGCCAAAGGAUCCCGAACCAGAGACAGCUGCCAAAGAGAGUGGAGUGUACCCAACACAGGAAACAAUUCAGCCAAUGUUACCACCUUGGCUUUUCAAUGACAGUCUUGUCCCAGAACUCUACAAGAAAGUUCUAGAAGCUACUCUUACCCCAGCGGGCAUUGAUACAGCAAAGCUUUACCCAAUUCUUCUCUCGUCUGGCUUACCAAGGGAGAUUCUGGGUCAGAUAUGGGCUUUUGCCAAUCGAGCAACACCAGGCAAACUUACAAAAGAGGAGCUCUACACUGUAUUGGCUAUGAUAGCUAUGUCGCAGAGAGGCGUACCUGCGCUGAAUCUUGAAAAUCUCAACCAGUUUCCAUCUCCUCCUAUACCUACAUUAAGUGGGACUCCAUUGACUUUGCCUACUUCAGUGCCACAGCAACCUAUGAUAUCGGUGCCAACCGGUGGAAGUGCAUCUAUGUCUGUGCAUCCGGGCCAGUCUGUGGUAGGAAUGAAUCUUCCUGUAGGUGGCAGUACGACCCAAGUUUCCAGUGGUUUUGUGACCUCUUUCCCUGGCAGCCAGCCUGCAAAAUCUGACGAUGAUGAUUUCCAGGAGUUUCAGGAGGCUCCCAAGCCCAGCACAGUUGAUGACUCAUUCAAGGGAUUCAAGAAUGAAACCUCUGGAAGCUUAUCAAAAACAGCAACCUCACAGAGCACAAUCAGCGCACACACGUUACUGACCCCAAUUUCAGGAACCUCUGCACCUUCUUCAGUGGACAAAUAUGCUGUCUUUAAGGACUUGACAGAAGACAAGCCUGCAGAAAGCUCUUCAUUUGCAGAUUUUGGCGACAAAUACAGUGUUUUUCGUGAACUUGGCCAGAGUGCAGAGAUUAAAUCCUCAGGGGAGGGCUUUGCAGAAUUCAAGUCACCAGGAAAUGAUGACGGAUUCACAGACUUCAAAACUGCAGACAGCAUUUCACCAGUAGAUUCAUCAGAGCAAGCAAAGGCAUUCUCAACAACGUUUCCUUCUGUGCCAUAUCUUCAACCGCAACUGCAACCAGUAACACAGCCUAAAGACACUUUCAAUCUCACGGACCUUUUUACCUCUGUCAGUAGCAGUGGAGAGAGCAGUUCUGUGUCAUUUCCACCAGUUUUUGUGACAUCAUCCAUUUCCUCAUCUGUAUGUGUUACAUCUUCAUUGUCAUCACUAUCAUCUGGUACUUUUUCCACAGCCGGUAGCAAAACUGCUGGUGGAACUGAUGACUUUGGCGACUUCAGUCUUUUUGGUGUAGCAGCCAGCACUUCUUCAGGUGGGGGAUGGGGUCAGGAUGAAUUUGCUGAUUUUAUAGCUUUUGGCAGCUCCAACACCACUGGAUCCUCUGAACAAAAGUCAAAUGAUAAAUAUAGUGUUUUCAGGCAGGAGAAGGAUGAUGGCUUCACAGCAUCUUUUGAUGCCUCACUUGGCACAGCAGAAGGUGGACAACAACCUUCAACCACUGCUGUAGACAAAUAUGAUGUCUUUAAGCAGAUUCCUGAAGAAGGGUCUGUAAUGGGCUUUGAGGAACAAAAAGACAAUUCCUCCCUUUCCCAAGAAAAGAAUGAGGAUGACUUCCCAGUUACCAAGCUGUCCCUUGCAUUCGGCACCGCGGACAAGGCUUUCGUAGAUAAACUUUCUGCUUUUAAACAGGCAAAAGAAGACUCUGCCUCAGUGAAAUCUUUGGACCUUCCUUCAAUUGGUGGGAGUAGUAUUGGUAAAGAGGACUCCGAAGAUGCCUUAUCCGGUCAGUUUGACAUGAAGUCAGCUGAGGUUGGUGGUGAUUUGAAGCAUGUGUUGUCUGACAGCUCGCUGGAUUUACCACCUGUCAUUGGUCAGCCGCCUCCAGUUACAGAUAUGGAUGACUUUAAAUUUGACCCCUUUGGUAACUUCAGUAAUGGUUCUGCAGUGAGCAGUCUAACCAGUUAUGAUUGGUCUGAGAAAGAUGAUUUUGGCACCCAGAUGAAGAAGCAGCCGCUGUUCUUGCUCAACUCUGAAGGCAGCUCCUUGUCCUCCACCUCAGUGCUUCAGAAGAAAGAGACCUCUUUCGGCAGCUCCGAGAACAUCACUAUGACAACUGUCUCCACGGUAACAACAUUCUCAGCCGAUGAUGCAAGUUCGCAGCACAACUUUGAUGCUUUUGGAGACCUCAAAGAAUCUGCAGAACAGACUGAAGAGAAAAAAGGAGGUGGCAGUGAUUUGGGGGACUUUGCAGUUACUUCAUCCAGGGAGGGACAAACAACUAAGCCUAAUGAAUCAAACCUGGAUGAAGCAGAGCAAAGGACUGCAGUCUCAGUCACAAAUGGGGUAUCUUCUGAGGGGACAAAAACUGAAGUCUUUGAUGAAUUUGGAGAAUUCCAAAGCGAAAAGCCUAAAAUUAGUAAAUUUGAUUUUCUUGUGGCUAGUUCCCAGGGCAAGGUGAAGUCCAGUGAGGAGAUGAUCAAGAGUGAGAUGGAAACCUUUGACCUUUCAGUGCAAGCUAGAACACGCUCUGUAUGCAUCACAAAUCUCAACAGUCUAUUGAAAUCCAACAAUUUUUUAUAUAUUUCCAAUGACCAUUUUAAAAUUUUCAGUAAAAGCCAUUCCUCAAGUAAAAUGUUUUUGUCUUCUAAAUCUUCUCUAAAGAGAAUGCUUGCUCUUCAGACUUUUGACACAGCUAAGUGA